ACUCUCUCUGAAAAUCAGUGGAAAAAAUAUCCUCAGGUGAGGAUUAAAAAAAAAAAAAGGUCAUUUAUGUAGAAGUAGAUGUUUUCUGAAACAUAAGAAACUAGCUUUUAAAAAUGACUACGGAAGUUUUCCCAAACUACCAGUUCAUUAGAUACUGUAUAUUUCUAUCUGAAAACUUCUUUUUCCCCAGAAUUCUUUGAGAUGUGCCUGGGUUCCUCCAUUUCUUGUGACUCUCAGUGGAGUUGUACCCAAUUUCAUCUAGAUACCCUUCAUCUCACAAGCAAACACAGCAUCAGGGAGCCCCAGCGAGUGUGCAGACAAACAGCAGCCUCAGGCCUCUCUCUUCCUUGGGGUCGAGAAGCAGAGGACCAUGGAAUACACCACAUGGUUAACCCUGCAGAACUUAGAUGGUGAUUGACCAAGACCUAAACCAAAGUAGUGGGCAAACCUAGUUUCUGUGUUCCCGCUACCAAACACCUGUGCUGCUAAAUACAGGGGUGGGCAUUAAGACUUAGUUACCUAUCUGCUUGGCUACCUCCUGUCCUUGCAGAAAGAAUGAAAAGAAUUACUCAUCCCCAGGAGGAAGAGAUGACUUUCUCAGGUUCUUAUUUCUUGGUUGAAAGAGGCUAGCAGUGGGUGAGGGAAGGAACAGGUAAGGCUCUCUGAGUAUACCCAUUUGAAGCUAAAACCUCUAUUUAGCCAUCUGAUAUCGAAGUUGAAUCUGUUAUACCAUUUGCCCAUAUCUGUAUGUUGUCAGAAAGCAAAUUUCUUGAACUCCCCGUUACCAAAUCACCCAAACCAAAAGGUAAAAGAAAAUAAAGCUUUUGCUAAGUUAGCUGCCUUCCUAAAAGUGUAAAAAACAUUCAUUUGAAGGUAAUUUUUUUUCUUGUGAAAUCAUAGUUACUGUUGCUUCUCACUGGGUUGUAAGUCCCUGAAGGACAGGGCUAGUUCUUACUCCUCUCUAAAUCCCUAGGAACUCUCUUGGAUGCUCUUAGCUAUCAGAAUGCUUAAAAUCACAUUCAGUGUUCAUCCUGUAGCUCUUUCUGAGUAUCUGCUGAGCAGCUUUUCCUUUUGGUCUUUCAUAUUGACUUUUUAUUAUAAGCUACUUGGAGCGUUCUUGAAAAUAACCGGGGUGUAAAGUGUAAAAAGUGUGGACAUUUUCCAUAUGUAGCAUUAUUUUAACCUGUCAGAGGGAUGUUCUAAAUGCAUUCCCUUCUUUCUCACCCCCUCCCUUUUUUUAAAACUACCAGGUAUUCGUUACAGCACUGAUGUGAGUGUAGAUGAAGUAAAAGCUUUGGCUUCUCUGAUGACAUAUAAGUGUGCAGUGGUUGAUGUGCCAUUUGGGGGUGCCAAAGCUGGUGUUAAGAUCAAUCCCAAGAACUAUACUGAUAAUGAAUUGGAAAAGAUCACAAGGAGGUUCACCAUGGAACUGGCAAAGAAGGGCUUUAUUGGUCCGGGCAUUGAUGUACCUGCCCCAGACAUGAGCACAGGCGAGCGGGAGAUGUCCUGGAUUGCUGACACCUAUGCUAGCACCAUAGGGCACUAUGAUAUUAAUGCCCAUGCUUGUGUCACUGGUAAACCCAUCAGUCAGGGUGGGAUCCACGGACGGAUCUCUGCUACUGGCCGGGGAGUUUUCCAUGGGAUUGAAAACUUCAUCAAUGAAGCUUCUUACAUGAGCAUUUUAGGAAUGACACCAGGAUUUGGAGAUAAAACAUUUGUUGUUCAGGGGUUUGGUAAUGUGGGCCUGCAUUCUAUGAGGUAUUUGCAUCGCUUCGGUGCUAAAUGUGUUGGUGUUGGUGAAUCUGAUGGGAGCAUAUGGAAUCCAGAUGGUAUUGACCCAAAGGAACUGGAAGACUUCAAAUUGCAACAUGGGUCAAUCCUGGGCUUCCCCAAGGCAAAGCUUUAUGAAGGGAGCAUCUUAGAAGCCGACUGUGACAUACUGAUCCCUGCUGCCAGUGAGAAGCAACUGACCAAGUCCAAUGCACCCAGAAUCAAAGCCAAGAUCAUUGCUGAAGGUGCCAAUGGGCCGACAACUCCAGAAGCUGAUAAGAUUUUCCUGGAGAGGAACAUUAUGGUUAUUCCAGAUCUCUACCUAAAUGCUGGAGGAGUGACAGUGUCUUACUUUGAGUGGCUGAAGAACCUAAAUCAUGUCAGUUAUGGCCGUUUGACCUUCAAAUAUGAGAGGGAUUCUAAUUACCACUUGCUCAUGUCUGUUCAAGAGAGUUUGGAAAGAAAAUUUGGAAAGCAUGGUGGAACUAUUCCCGUUGUGCCCACAGCAGAGUUCCAAGACAGGAUAUCGGGGGCAUCUGAGAAAGACAUCGUGCACUCUGGCCUAGCUUACACGAUGGAGCGCUCGGCCAGGCAAAUCAUGCGCACAGCCAUGAAGUAUAACCUGGGACUGGACCUGAGAACAGCUGCCUAUGUCAAUGCCAUUGAGAAAGUCUUCAAGGUGUACAAUGAAGCCGGCGUGACCUUCACAUAGAUGGACUGCAGCUGACUUCUUCACUACCCUCCUCACCUCCUCAUCUGUAGACCUAUCGCAAGUUUACAUGUAACCACACAUCUUUCUCUCAUUACUUAUUAGAUAAUGGACAACAUUCUCACAGGUCAAUCCAAAUCAGCCCCUUAAGAAAAAAAUUAAAGUUAGGGAUUGGUGUACAAAGCUGAAAGUAGAUGCCAGAGAGCCAUUUGGGUGUUUUGCCUUUAAAUAACAAGUCCCUUCUAUCUGGCUGCACCACCUUGCUACCCGGCUGCCUCCCUGCACUCAGAGCUUGGCCAGGAAGGUACCUGUAGUCCAAGAGCAGUUGGUUAUUUGCUGCUUCAGCUCUGGCCAAGCCUAAGACGUGCUGUAACUUUGACACGUUUAAGAAGCACGUGUGUGGCAUUUUCAGAAGGUAGCAUGGUCCUCAAGUAAGUUACUGAUAUUUUAUAUCAGCAAAAGAACUCAAUUCUGUAGACUGCAACAAAAAUAAAAGCUAUUUCUUUUUAUGCAUUUUAUUCUUUUAGAAUAAAAUAAGUACAUGCUGCUGUAAUAAAAUUGCCUUUAAUCACUUAAUAAGCCUAACCUUGACUCAAGCAGUGAAUGCCUAUAAACAUAAUGAAUGAAAAAAGCUAGUAUUUUUAUAACAGUUUCAUUUAUAGCUUAUCAAUAGUAUAUUGUUAAACAAAAAAAGCCCAGUGGAGAAUGUUAUCUUCAUACAUAUCAUUCACUAGCAAAUGAUGGAGGCUGUCGGAAUUUACUAACCACAAUUAUGACAUAUAGUCCAAAGAAUGCAGUAACCUCCUCAUGUUAAUUAAUUGCUCUUUUCUUUUCAAAAUCUAUUGUGCUGACUGAUUGAACAAUAAUUCAAGUAGAGUGUCCCAGAAAAAAAGCACUUGGACUCCCUCUCUGGAGUCUGGCUGGCAGCUCUGAGCACUGCCAGUAAUGUCCCAACUCGCCCUGACUUCGUGUCCCCUUCCAGGGGCCUCACAUCCUGCGCACGGCUUCACUAACAGCAGCCUGAACGCAGCCUGGAACUGAGUGUGUGUGUUUUGCCAGGGCCUUUUGAACAGUGGUGUCCCAAUGAAGUGCUAGAUAUUAUUUAUGUAAGAAUGAGCUUUUUUCUUUUUUUAACAAUAAUAUCCUGUCAGAAAUUUCUAACUACUUUGUAACUGCAUGACUUAACCUGGUGAUAAAAGCAGUUAUUAAAAGUCUACCUUUUCCAAA